AUGUCGCUCUUGCUCUCGUGUGUGACGACGCCCUUGAUGUCUUGCCUGGGCUCGUGCGUGGGCACGUGCGUGGGCGGCGCUCUAACGCCCAAGAACCCGCCCGCGCGCGCGACGCACGCUCUUUUCUUUUCCUUCGCCACCGCGCUCGCGUGGUUCGUUCGUGACGUCGGCGCGCACGCGCUCGAGCGAUACGCGUGGGCGAUUCCAAACGAUCACGGCUACACCAACGCGUGGUUCCGAACGCAGGCGGUGUACCGGGCGUCGUGCGCGACGUUCGUUUUGUUCGCGACGCUUAGCGCUUCGCUCGUCGGGACACGCGACAAGGGGGACGCGCGAGACCGAAUGAUCCACCGAGGUUCGUGGGGUGUGAAAAUGUUGGCGUACGUGAUUUUAAACGCGCUGACGUUUUGCUUGGCGAGCGACGGGUUCAUGGACGUGUACGCAGGCGCCGCGCGCUUGGGUUCCGGAUUGUUCCUGGUGAUACAGAUGAUAAUUGUCUUGGACUUUUCAUUCGCGUGGAACGAGUCUUGGGCGAGCGGGGAGCACUGGGGGUGGAUCGCGGGUCUGAUCGCGAGCACGCUCGCGAUGUUCGGUGCGUCGAUCGGGUUAUUCGUCGAGAUGUACCGAGCGUACGCACCGAGUCGGGAGUGUCACAGAAACGUCGCAAUGAUCACGUCCACAGCGGUGUUGUGUGCGGUGUUGACACUGAUCACGUUCCAUCCAAUCUCAAGAGAGGGUUGCUUGCUGCCGACGUCGGCGGUGACUCUGUAUUGCGCCUACCUGUGCUACUCGGCACUGAGCUCAGAGCCCUCAACAUACGCGUGUCGACCGCAAUCCUUCAUCGACGCCAAUGAGGCGCUGCGAAAACCGGCGACUCUAGUGCAGACGGUGUUUACGCUCGUAUCAGUCGUGUACGCGGCGAUGCGCGCGGGAGAGAGCAACUUUUGGCAUAUGGACGUCGACGAGGAGUUUAUCGGCGAACUCGGUGAUGUUCUCAACGACGAAGAGGACGAAGAAGCGGAGGACGAGUCGUCCCCGUCCGGUCCGGUUCGAUACAAUUAUAGUUUUUUCCAUUUGAUUUUCGCUUUGGCCGCGAUGUACACGUCCAUGCUGCUCACGGGAUGGGGCACGCGUCGCCCGGAUGAUUCUGAGGCCAUCGGCAGCGGUUGGGCGAGCGUGUGGGUCAAGUACUUCUCGGUGUGGGCCACGGGAACGAUCUACGCCUGGUGUCUCGUCGCUCCCGCGCUCUUCCCCGAACGAGAGUUUUAA